AUUUUUGUCUUUCUUUCUCCAUUAGCAGGAACUCAUGUGUAUCCCUUUCUCUCUCUCAUUCGCAGCUAGUUUAACAUAUCAGUUCUUCCAGCGACGAUCUACUAGUCUUGUCUUCCAUUCCGCAGCUAAGGAAGCAUGAAGGCUAAUCUGGUUCAACCCUUUCCAUUUGUAAGUAUGUUUUGUUUUUACAUACCUCUGUAUCUGUGAAUGUUCUCAAGUGCAUAGACAUGGCUUUAAAUUAAUAUGGUUACCAGAAAUGAGAUAUGAUCACCUGCUUCUUCUCCUAUUAAAUCUUUUGUUAUUUUCUUUUUGUGGCCAAAAAAAAAGGAAAAAAAAAAAGCUUUUAUAUAUGCAUGGUUAAGCAUUUUGUACAGAGUAAUGAAGGAGUAGUUCCAUGCAUGAUUGUGCAGCCUGAGGUUCAUAAAGAAGAGAAUUAUGGAAGGUGGCACAUUUUCAUGCAACACUAUUUAGUGGCUCAAGACCUUUGGGAUGUGGUUCUAUCCAGCGAGAUGCCUGAUGGAGAAGACCCAAGGGAGUGGAUUAAAAAGAAUGCUUUAGCUCUGUAUGCAAUUAAGAUUUCAUGUGGUGCAGAAAAGUUUGAUCGGAUUAAAGAGAUUAAUUCAGCCAAAGAUGCUUGGAAUGCAUUGGCUGACUUGCAUAAACAGCCAAAUGAAGAUGGGAACAAAGAUACAGGAAUCAAGACUGUUGAAAGGAAACAAGCCGUGACAUUGCUCAAGGACAUAGAAAAGGGGGACUCUGAUGCUGUAAAGAAACUCUUGGAAACACAUUCUUCAUAUUCUGCAAGAGCAUUAGAAAACGGUUCCACUGCUCUUCAUGUUGCAAUUACUGCUGGCAAGAUAGAGUUGGCUAAGGAACUGAUUCCGGUGAUGUCAGAAGCAGGAGAGUUGGAAACACAAAAUAAUAGUGGUAAGACAGUUCUUCACUUGGCUGCUUGUAAGGGGAGUAGAGAGAUUGUAGAAUGUUUGGUUGCAAAGAACAAGAAAUUGCUUGAAAUCCCAGAUUGUGAGAAGAAGAUCCCACUUGUAUUGGCAUGUGCCACACACCAUAAGUGUUUGACUCUUUAUCUUUAUUCGGUGACACCUAUUGAAAUUCUAGAUCCAGUAAAUGGGGACCAUGGAUUCUUCCUCCUCAGAGAGUGUUUAAGGAACCGUAUGUUCGAGAUUGGACUGGAUCUGCUGCGCAAAUUUCCAGAUUUGACAUUUCACAAAAGCUCUUUGGAACCAACCCCUAUUAUUUCAGAGUUGGUCCAAGUACUAUCAUCAUUGUUUGCUGGAAUUUGGUACAAGCAUUUUCCAUUUCGGGAAUGGCCACUUAUGGUAUAUAUACCAUUUUGUAAGUACGCCUCUCCUCUCUUUACAAUUUUCAAUUGAAUUUCUCUGUGGAUAUAUUUUAAUUCUAUUUUUUUGAUCUUAUAUUUUAAUUUUGUUUUUUUGCUAUAAAAGUUGAUAAGCACUUAUUUUCAAAUGUCUAAUUCCAUGUUUAAAGGUAUAAAGUUCAGAUCUCACA